UGGUGUGGCGUUUUGUUGUGGGGAACAAUGUGUCGAGGAUAAUUACAAGAAUGAGUUAACUCUACUGAUUACUAAUUAUAUGUCCAUUUUAUUUUGGCUAACUGGAUCUCCAUCCAGAUCGCAGUCGACAGUUACCAAUCCAAGAUAGUACUUUAUCUUCUUCAUCAUUACCCUUCUCCUCUUUAAUUAAACCACUACUCUCCACCAUCUUCCUCCUACAUCUCCUAAUCUCUUCAUCAUGGACUUUGGCUCUCCUUCAGACCAUCUUUGCUAUGUUCGCUGUGCCUACUGCACCACUGUUCUCGCGGUUGGAGUUCCAUGCAAGAGAAUGACGGACACAGUGACAGUUAAGUGUGGCCACUGCAAUUCCCUCUCUUUUCUCAAUCCCAAACCUCCGUUUCAAACGCUGUGCUCUGAUCAUCAACAAACGCUGCUUCAGAGGCCAUGCAACUUUCUCUGGAAAGGACAACAUUCACUAGCCUCUUCAUCUUCGGCAGCUACUGAAGACAUGAGCCCAAAAGCAGCUCCCUUUGUCAUUAAACGUAAUUUAAUUAAUUAA